AUGCUGGGACUUUUCCUCCUGCUGACGCUGUCUGGUUUCAGCACAACUUGCUCAGCCUUAUUUUCAUUGCUUAAGAAUGUCUCCAUUUCAUUGCAGGUCUCUGAUUAUGCGCGCCGCUACGACGUCCCCGUGGUUGCAGACGGUGGCAUACAAAAUGCUGGGCACAUAAUCAAAGCCCUUUCAUUAGGCGCCUCGACAGCCAUGAUGGGGGGCUUAAUGGCUGGCACCACUGAAGCACCCGGUGAAUAUUUCUUCUCUGAUGGAGUCCGACUGAAAAAAUAUCGAGGUAUUUUUUUUCGUCAAUGGGAUAAAUGGUCAUUGCUUAUUAAACUCAUGGAUUUUAAGUCUGAUUCUGCUUGCUGGUUUCGUUAUGAUUAG